AUGGCCGCUGAAAAUGGAGAGGACAGCCUUAAGGAGCAUCCAUACCUCAACAUGUACGACGGACAUGCCGUACAAUCAGUCUGGGCGUACCCGGCGGAACAAGACGAUAAGGCCAUUGGCGGCGUGAGUCGGCUGCGCGGUACAUCUAGUCCCGCGGGUCAUGAAGGUCAGGCACAAGGACGUGGUUGCACGGCACAUACCAGCGGCGGGGUCGACGGUGAGGUCACAUUGGGCAAGUCCGGUGAGGUACUUCACGACGUGUACGACGAUACGGCCAUCGUAAAUUCGUGCGAUGAUUAUGACAUCCCCGCUGACCUGUAUCACGAGCUGUAUCUGAACGGCAACGGUCAAGAGGACUUUAACUCCAGCAGUCAGACACGCCUCACCUCUUGA